GCUCUCCAGCAGUCAACAGCCUGACAGAGAGGAGAAGAUAAACUCCGCUGUUAGACCUGCAGCCUCCGCGGGAUCAUCGGUGACUUGGUGAACUUGGACCCGCCUCUCAUCAGUCAUGGCGUCCUCUCUGAUCGGCCGUCAGCUUGUUCUCUCGCUGCAGAAAAACAUGUGGCUCGGCGCUGCAGGCUGCAGAUACGUCAGCAAAGCAGCGCCACAGACUCUGGUGGAGUGUGAAUAUGACGGACCCUCCAUGAAAACUUCAGUUCCUGGUCCACGGUCACAGGAGCUGACAAAACAGCUGGGAGAAAUCCAGAAUGUUGGUGCCAUCAACUUCUUCUGUAACUAUGAGGAGAGCAGAGGGAACUACCUGGUGGAUGUGGAUGGAAACCGCAUGCUGGAUAUCUACACUCAGAUCUCCUCCAUCCCAAUCGGUUACAACCACCCUGCUCUGCUCAAGCUGAUGACCAAUCCUAACAAUCUGAGUACACUAGUGAACCGUCCGGCUCUGGGAAUCCUGCCUCCUGAGAACUUUCCAGACAAAAUCACAGAAAGUCUGAUCUCAGUGGCUCCCAGUGGAAUGACCCGAGUUCAGACUAUGGCCUGUGGCUCUUGCUCCAAUGAGAACGCCUACAAAGCAAUGUUUAUCUGGUACAGGAACAAGGAACGAGGCCACAACACGCCCUCUGAAGAAGACCUCAACACCUGCAUGAUAAACAAGUCUCCGGGUUGUCCUGACCUGAGCAUUCUAUCUUUCAUGGGAGGAUUCCACGGAAGGACCAUGGGCACACUGGCGACAACACACUCAAAAGCAAUCCACAAGCUGGAUGUGCCGUCAUUUGAUUGGCCCAUCGCCCCGUUUCCCACUCUGCAGUAUCCACUGGAGGAGUUCACCAGAGAGAAUGAACAGGAAGAGGCUCGCUGUCUGGAGGAGGUGGAGGAUCUGAUCGUGAAGUGGAGGCAGAAGGGAAGGCCUGUGGCAGGAAUUGUGAUUGAACCAAUCCAGGCUGAAGGUGGAGAUAACCACGCCUCUGCAAACUUCUUCAAAGGCCUUCGAAACAUUGCAAGCAAGCAUGGCUGUGCUUUCCAUGUGGAUGAAGUCCAAACUGGUGGGGGCACCACAGGGAAGUUUUGGGCCCACGAGCACUGGGGCAUGGACGAUCCUGCUGACAUUGUCUCAUUCAGCAAGAAGCUUCUGACUGGAGGCUACUACCACAAGUAUGAACUACAGGCUGAUAAGCCGUACCGCAUCUUUAACACGUGGAUGGGCGACCCGACAAAGAACCUGAUACUGGCUGAGGUUCUUAAUGUGAUUCGCAGAGAGCAUCUUCUGCAGGAGGUCAAUCGCUCUGGGAAAGUUCUGCUAAAUGGUCUUUAUGAUCUCCAGGCUCGAUACCCCGGCGUCCUGAGUCGCGCUCGAGGACAGGGAACCUUCUGUGCCAUCGACGUCUGCAGUGAUGAAACACGCAACAGCAUCUUGCUCAAGGCCAGAGACAAAGGUAUUCUCCUGGGAGGGUGCGGAGACCGAUCGAUCCGUUUCCGUCCAGCGCUGGUCUUCAAGGAACACCAUGUUCACAUGUUCCUCAACAUCUUUAAUGACGUGUUGGCCCAGAUCAAAUAAAUCCUGACCCGAGAGAAAACCGGAAAAACAGAACAAGAGUGGAUCCAGAGGAGAGGGAGGGGAAAACCGCACACAGCCUGUCAUGAUAAGCAUGACACACCCAAUAACUCACACAGAUACAACCUCUGGUACAAGACCCCGUGCCAUGGUCAGUCUACGUUUACUCCUCGGUGAUGUCUUUUUACUUGUGCUGCCAUUAACAUGGAUAUUAGAGCAGGUGUCCGCUGGUACGAUGGCCCUUUUUACACGUUAUUCAUGUUGUUCUGUGUAGACUGACCAGACUAGACUAGCUUUAGUCUGGAUGAAGUCCAUAUCAUGAGCAUGUCCACUUCAUUAGACCAUCUCACCCAAACUGUGCUUCAUGUAGGAGACAAGAAAUAUGAAGUUUUAAUUUCAUGUUUCAUCUAUGAUUUUGAAAUGACCUUCAAAGCUGUGAUCAUGUCAUCAGCACAGAGUAAAGACAACAUCUGAGGAGCUUUGAUGCUCUUUACUAUCCUUCAGGAGAACUGUGCUGAAGUCCUUGUUGAACGGCAGGUGUUAGCAUGCAUUAGACAAACGUCAAGUAGCUUAGUUAAUCAUUAUCUCGGAACAUAGACUUGGAUACAGACUUCUUUUACUCCCGGUUAUACCCGACCACCUGCUUUCCAGUCACUGAGACUGUAACACGGUCAGAUGAUCAUCCUUAAGACGCACAACUGUGUCCAUGACAACACAGCUAUGACGCCAGCCCGCAUGUGGUUUUGAUGUUGCCCAUUUAGAA